AUGUUUACGAUUGCUGAAGAGACUGAAAAUUUCAAGAAGGUAAUUUCCACCGGAUUUCCGGACGGCGGGGGUGCCGUUUUAAGAAGCUUAAAAAGUGAAUUGCAGAAUGUGAGAAAGGGCAGGCGAAUCACAGGCGAGUGUCUUACGGAUAUCAUAGGUGCGGCCAAGAGCAGCGGCACGGAUCAAUAUUGGAGUGUGACGAAUGGGGUCAUACGAAUGAACCAGGUGCUGGGGCACGCUGGGGUUAAAGUGGACGAAUUCUGGCCUCAAAUAAUGAACGAACAAUUGCCAAAAAAUCGAAAAUUCGAUUCUCAGACGCUCGAUACUUUGCUAGGUAUCAUUUUGGCAUCAGAGGGACCCGAUACGUGGCAACCCACUGCGUUUUUGUUACGAGUUUUAAAACACGAAUCAGACGCGAAAUUGCCUCUACUUUCGCUCUUGCGAGCGAAAUACGGGCUACAAUUGGGUGCGCUACUAACACGGACACACACUUUCCACUUGGCCUGCUUGCUAGUUGAAAUCAUUGCCAUUUUUGCAGCACCAUCGCCGUCAACGAGUGAUGCUGCAAUGCCACGAUUAUGGGCUGAAACAAGUCAAAACGAAGCCUUUUUUUCGAACCCUGAAUUGCCCUUAGAAUCGCGGCGCGGCGAAAUACUCGUUGCCAGAUUUGUUCAACGUCAUUUGGGACCCUUCAGCGCUCUUUCUGCGCCGAGUUUGGUCAAAUUUGUUGAUUUUGAGUCUAAAACUCGGACACUGGGAACUAAAAACGGGUGUUUCGUUCAAGUCUGCGGUCCUUACAUGUACAUCUCUUCGAACAGUGGACACACAUGGCAAGUUAAACUAAAUGCAACCACCAUAGCGAAGGCUAAAGGCUCAGCCAACGAUAUCGAAAUUAAUUUCAAAACCAGUUUCGAUCGUGCGGUAGCCGCUUACCUUAAACCCAACACACCUGCGCAUUUUUAUGACACUAAGCAGAUCACGCUUAGAUUUGAGGGCCCAGACAAAUGCGAUAGCUGCUUGAAAAACCUUCAACUGCGUCGUGUUAGUGAAGUCAGAACUUUCAUUUCGCUAAAUUUCAGUUCUUCUAAUGAUAUGCCACCGGGCGACUCAAAGACGUCGAGUGACCAGCAGGAGCCGCCGAGCUCGGCUGUGGGUGACUCAAGGAAGAUUUCAAAUAACAGAGAAGAAUCCUCGAUGAAAACUUCGGAGACAACGUCGAAUUCAGCAAGUCAUGACGGAAACCCUGUGUGCUUCGACUACAUGCCGACGUUGGCCAACAGACAUGGCUAUUUAACCAGCGAGGAGUCUCCAUUAGUGACGGCGCAGAAAAGGAAAUUGCUCCGAGGAGUAUCGAAUCUUGAUCCUACAAAUGAGCUGACCGCGCUAAGCUGGGAGGCGCCAAGUGGAACCAACGACACAACCACGAGCGUCUCCUCAGUGGAAAAGUUCAAAAUACCCAGGUCGGCACCAAAUAAGCAUGGUGCUCCGCCAUAUAGGAGCACCGACGCAGACGCCCCAUCCACGCUCAUUGGCAAGGGAGAUAUCACUUCCCUUAAUGCUAUUUUCGGCAAACAAGUCCAAGCGCGCGCGCAUACGAAACUACCACGAAGGUCAGAGGAUAAGCCGACCAAAAUUUCCAAGAUCAAGUCGCGCAGACGACUCGAAGCAACCCCAUUUGCAUCGAAUAUUCCUACUCUGCAAAAACGAUGUAAGCGCGAAACGACACCCUCUACAGCUGGAGUGACCGCCUUACCGAACAACGAUGUAUCGUUUGCCAACGCAACUGCGUCUACAAACCUGGACUGCACUACGCUUACCGCUGUUCCUCAACCGCAGAUUAACUACAAAAACCCAUCGUUCACAGGCAAUCCCAUUACCAACAAGUUGCAAGAAGACAUCUCCAAAUCGAUACUUGACUUUUCCAAAGACAUGGCCAACAAGAUCACAAUAAUCAACGAGGAACUGAACGGCAAAAUUUGUCACGACUUGUCAGACAAGUAUCAAACUUUGUUCGACCAACUACAGGAUAGUUUCCAGAACGAUAUCGCACAAAUGUCUCAAUUUGUCGGCGAAAUAAGACAACUUUUACACUUAAGCGAGGACCAGCUCAUACAGGUGAUACGUCAGAAACAAUUCUUAUAA